AUGGAAAAUUUAGAUAACUAACAAAACGUAAAAAUUACAAAUGAUUAUUCUAAUGAAAUAAUGUGCCCAUAUUAUGAAAAAUGCAAUGAUAACGAAUUAUGUUAAAAAUAAGUUGAAGCCUAUUUUAUUGAUGAUCCAAAAUUAACCGAUUAAGCAUAUGAUGCUUUGUAGUAUAUAUCUUUUUCAUCUUCUUAGCUGUAUCUUUGGAGUUCUUUAACUGAAUUAUAGAAGUAAAGAAUGAUGAAGAUGAUGGGAUAAUGCUAUUAAAUACUUAUCAAUUUAAACAAUGUAUCAUGUAUUUAACCUGGUACUGAUGAGUGUUAAUGUUCUUUCUAUAAUGUUAAAAGGCUUUUUCCUGUAGAAUGGAGAUGUAGACCUUGGUAUAUAAAUGGAGCAUAUAAUUACAUGACUUAUACCAAUCCAUACGUUGACGCUUUAACAGGUGUUAUUUUGGCAACUGCUACUAUUAGAAUAUUAAAUUAAACAAAUUAAAAUUAAGAAUCUAAUUUUGAAUUUAUUCCAAAUAUAAAUAGCACUUUGCUCGGAGUUUUUGGGAUAGAUAUAAAUUUACAAAUUUUAUAAUAAAAUAUAAAACUUUAAUCCAGCCAAGAAGAAUAUUCUUAUAUAAUAGCUCCUUCUUAGCCAGUUCCUUUGUAGCCUGAAUUAUAUAAUGAGUAUUAGGCAAUAAGUCAUCCAUAGAUGAAUGUAAAUGCAACUAGUAUUUUAGAUUUAGAGUUUAGUAAUUCUACAAAUAAGGAAGAAGAAAUAGAAUAAUAUAUAUAGUAACUUGGGAGUAUUUUUACAAAUAGGGAAAUAAGAGAAAAUGGUUGUAAGAUAUAAAAACCAAAUAUUUCUUAAAUUUAAUUUUGA